GGAAUAUUUGAUGAGGAGACGACGUGAUCUAUAUCUCUGACAUGAACUCGAAUGUAAAUUUUGUUCGCACAAAGUUACGACGGCAAUCGGGGGGGAAAGAUGCAGAAUAUCGACGAGUUCUUUCGUCAGUCGUACUACAACAAUCUUCGCAUUCUGUUGACCGUUUGCGGCAUAUGGCCCUUUCAAGGGUUAAGGAAACGUUACGCGAUGUACGUCGGGAGUUCAGUGCUUUUUGGAUUCACUAUUAUACUCCAGACGCUAUGUAUGAUUAAGGUUUGGCCAGAUUUUUUCGAGGUAUUCGAUUGCUUGACAAUGUUAUUUUACACUCUAACGUCGACGAUUAAAUUAAUUUACUCAGUAUAUAAAUUACCUAAGAUUAAAAUGCUUCUCGUGAAUAUACGAGAACACUGGUGUUCUCCGAAAUCGAAUGGAGAAGCUAAAAUCUUACGCUCACAUGUACUGUUCGCACGAAAAUUCGGCUACAUUUAUUCAGGUGGUCUAUUCAUCUAUGUUAUAAUUUAUGCGUUUACACCUUUAGUGGUCAAAUUUUAUUACAAGAAGAACACGUUAAAUAAGACGCAGGAUACAGAAGUAAAUUCAGAUCCCCACAUCAGUUACCUGCUUGAUUUACAAAUGCAACAUACACCAUUAUUCAUACAGGGCGCCUCAGCUGAAAUAUGUCUUACAGUUCUUCUUUUCUCAUUCAAUGUCCUAUAUUUAGUGUGCGUUCAGCAUUGUUGUGGUUUGUUUGAAGCUUUAAAAUACCAUUUGGAAAACGGAUUUGAGUUUCGAAAGAAUGAUGACGACAUAAUGACAACAUCUAUGCAGAAUAAAUGUUAUUCAAAUAUCGCCUACGGCGUUCGAAGGCACACAGAGGCAGUGCAAUUUGCUAUGGCCAUAGAAUCAUUGUAUAGACUACCAUUUUUCAUGCAUAUGACAAUUAAUGUGUCAUUAUUAAGUAUCGUAGGAGCUCAGGUGAUAAAUGAUACAGAAAACAUUGGUCGUCUCAUGCCGUACGGCACUUAUCUUAGCGGGCUUGUACUUAACACCUUCUUUGAAAACUGGCAAGGUCAGAAAAUAUUAGACUGCAACGAAAAGGUGUAUAACGCCGCAUAUAAUUUAGAAUGGUAUAAGAUGCCUAUAAUGUCACAAAAGCUUCUGAUAAUGAUUAUGAUGAGAAGUAAAAAACCAGUGACAAUAACUGCGGGAAAAGUUCUUGUUCUGUCCUAUGUGACUUUUAACUCGAAAUUAUCAUAAUCAAAAUGCUUAAAUAUCAAAAUGCUUCCACGAAGUAUUUAUACGUGCGCAAAAUUUUGUCAGUAUAAUUUAAUAACUGCUGACUCGUCAGUAGCUUUCGAGAAAGAAAACGGAACAGGCUCAUCGUGAACAACGCAUACCGCAAUGCUUCGUUUGGAUCGCUCAACUUUACCACUGCCUAUCUUAAAUCAUCUGGAUUGCACAAUAGCAAAAAUGCUUUUAAUGCGUGGUACUUACGUGUACAUAAAAAUUUUAUCAGUAUAAUCCGACAAUUGCUGGCCAGGCCAGCUUUCGAGGAAAAGAACGGAGAG